AUGCUAUGGAUUCUUAAUAUCAAUCGAUUAUUGAGUAAAUUUGAAAUCCGCUUAGUGAAAUAUUCUUACCAAACUUUUUCAGAAGUGACGAGCUACAGUACUCCAGCAAAGCUUAUCGCGCCAGGAGUUGUGGUCCCAGGUACCCUUUCAAUCACCGCCACCGACCUAUUCUUUGAUGCAGAUGAAGAGAAUCCUUUAUACAAGAAGCAAGACCCAAGAGUGAAUUAUCCCGCAUUGAAAGGUUAUCCCUCGGGGAAAUGA